AUGGCUAAAUCUAAGAAGGACAAGAAAAAAUCAGCUGAGCAGCCUAAAGGUGCUGAUGUUGAAAAUACUAUCGAUAUCGAUGAGGAAGGUUUAGCUGCUGCUCCAGUGGCUAAAAGAAAUGAUAAGAAGGGUCGUAAGAAGAAGGGCCAGGAAUAUUCUGAUGAUGAGUUACCAAUGGAAGUUGAAACCCCCCAAAACGACAAAGGCCGUGGCAAAGAUUUAAACCCUAAUGAUGAUAAAGCUGAUGCGGAAGCAGAUGAUGCCAGUCAAAAUCAAAAUCCUGGAAAGAAAGGAGCCAAGUCGAAGGGAAAGAAAACGAAACAAAAAUGGGAUGAAGAAGAGCCUGAAAGCGAAGCUCAGCCCAAGACUCAAUCGAAGAAGAAAGGAAAGACACAUGGAGAAAUACUCGAUGAAGACGAUCUGGCAGACUUAAUAAAAGAGAUGGAUUUAGAAGAUGAAAAGGCGGCAGCUAGUAAGAAAUCGAAAGGUCGCAGUAAGAAAAACAAGAAAAAGAAAGAAAUAGACGAUUAUGAUGAUGAUUUGGAGGAAAUAAAGAAGGAAAUGGGCAUUGCUACUGACACAGCUAGCGUUGAAGAAAAACCGACGAGAGAAGUUAAUGAUGAAAAUAUUGAAACAGAAACAACAGAAAAGGUCAAAGAAACCACCAAGACGGACAAUGAUGAAGGCGUAGUAAUAAAAUCUGCUGCUCAAAAGAAAGCAGAAAAGAAAGAGAGAGAAAGGCUUAAGAAGUUAGCUGAUAAAGAAAAACAGCAAAAACAGAAACCGAAAGGUAAGGUAACUGAGUCUAAAGCCUCAGAAAGUAAUGAGAAAGCUGAAGUUUCUGCUGAUGCAACUACGGAACAGCCAACUCAUGGUAAGCCUGAAACCGGAAAGAAAGAAGAACAGCCACCAGCAGAAAAAGCUUCUUCAGGAUCAGAGGAUGAAAGCGAUGGUGAAGGUAAGAAGAAAAAGAAAAGAAAAAAGAAGAAGAAGGGUGAAAAAGACGACGCCUCGAAAACAAAAAAGCCUACUAAAGCAAAAAUUAAACUAAUGCAAGAAGCAUUGGAACAAAGAAGACUUCAAGAAGAAUCGAUGAAAGCAGCGGAAGAAGAAAGAAUAAGAAAGGAAGAAGAAGCAGAACGUCUUCGAUUAGAAAAAAAACGUUUAGAGGAAGAGAAACGUGAGCGGAAGAAGCAAAAGGAAAAGGAACGUAAAGAAAGGCUCAAAAAAGAAGGUAAAUUAUUGACAAAAGCUCAAAAACAAGAAAAAGCAAGAAUUGAAGCUCGCUUGGAAAGUAUGAGACAGCAAGGUUUUAGUGUCCCAGAUACCGGUCUGGAAGCGGAUGAGGAAAAACCUAAAAAACGGGUUGUGUAUGGCAAGAAGAAGAAAUCGAAUCAAAAUAAUGCUCAGUCAGCGCAAGAACAAACUGAUGCAUCUGUAAAGGAAAGUGCUAGUGUAAUGAAAGAAAGGCAAGAGUCAGUAGCUAUUGAAGGAAUCAAAGAAGAAAUUGCUCAAGAUGACAAUGCAACUGCUGAAUCAUGGGAUAAAUUGGAUUUUGAGAAAGUUGAUGAUAAAGAUGAUACGGAAGCUAAGGUCGACGAAGCAAUACCUCAAGAAGCUGGAAAGGCUCCUGACGUUCAAUCACCUGUAGCAGAAUCGGAAAGCGAGGAGGAAUCUGACGAAGAAGAAUCAUCUUCUGAAUCAAGUUCUAGCGAUAGCGAUAAUGACACAACUACUGCUGAGGGUCGGCGUGAAAGAGCUUUAAAUAGGAUACAAGAGCGUAGGCGGAAAAAUGAAGAAAACCGCGACCCUAAUAAAUUACGAGCCCCUGUUAUUUGUGUUCUUGGACAUGUGGAUACGGGUAAAACAAAGAUUCUUGAUAAGAUAAGGCGGACUCAUGUACAAGAUGGAGAGGCUGGUGGAAUUACACAGCAAAUCGGUGCAACGAAGGUGCCAGUCGAAGCUAUAAGGGAGCAAACCAAAAAUAUUAAGGAGUUUGCUACAUUUGAUUUAAAAUUACCGGGAUUAUUAAUUAUUGACACUCCAGGACAUGAAUCUUUCAGUAUUAAUGAGCAGUUCUCAACGUUUAGUAAUCUUCGUAAUCGUGGUUCAUCCUUGUGUGAUAUUGCUAUCUUGGUAAUUGAUCUCAUGCAUGGCUUGGAACCUCAAACGAUAGAAUCGAUUAAUCUGUUAAAAAAGAGAAAAACCCCAUUUAUUGUUGCCUUAAAUAAGGUUGAUAGAUUAUUUGAAUGGAAGAAAGCUCCUCAUACGAGUGUUGCUGAUGCGUUGAAGAAACAAAAGCGGAAUGUUAAACUUGAAUUUGAUGACCGUUGUAGAAUUGCUAUCACUGCACUGGCUGAGCAAGGUUUAAAUGCUGCGUUAUUUCACGAAAAUCAAGAUCCACGAAAAUUUGUAUCACUUGUACCAACUUCAGCAAUAACUGGUGAUGGUAUGGGAGAUUUGAUUGCCCUGAUUGUAAAGUUGAGCCAGACAAUGUUAACAACAAGACUCUCUUAUUCUAAUGAAAUCGAAUGUAGCGUUAUGGAGGUAAAAGCCUUACCUGGCCUUGGAACUACUGUAGAUGUUGUACUAACUAACGGAAAAUUGAGAGAAGGAGAUACGUUAGUCUUUAGCAGUUUUGAUGGUCCUGUUGUAACACAAGCCCGUGCUUUAUUAACAACACCGCCGCUGAAAGAAAUUCGCGUCAAGAGUCAAUAUAUACAACAUAGCGAAAUUGAAGCAGCAGAAGGCAUUAAAAUUAUCGGAAAAGAUCUUGAUAAAAUCUUGGCUGGUACAUCAGUACUUGUUGCAAAGAAACCAGAUGAAGUGGAUAUACUAAAAGAAGAAGUUAGCGCAAGAUUGGCAGAAUCCUUAAAUUCUAUUAAAUUAUCGGAUCGUGGUGUCUAUGUACAAGCUUCGACUCUUGGCUCGUUAGAAGCUUUAAUAGAAUUUUUGAAAACGUCAAAAAUUCCUUAUUCAGGUAUUAACGUUGGUCCUGUGCAUAAAAAGGACGUUAUGAAAGCAUCCGUAAUGCUGGAACAUGAUGCUCAAUAUGCCGUAAUCCUAGCCUUUGAUGUGAAAAUUGAGCAAGAUGCUACCGACAUGGCUAAGAAACUUGGUGUCAGAAUCUUUUCUGCAGAUAUUAUUUAUCAUUUAUUUGAUAAAUUUAUGGCUUUUAGGGAGGAAGCGAUAAAAAAAUUAAAGGAACAGCAUAAACAUCUUGCAAUAUUUCCAGCAAAGUUGCGUAUCGCACCCCAAUAUAUCUUCAAUACUCGCGAUCCGAUCGUUGUUGGAGUGCGCAUCGAAGAUGGUACCAUUCGAAGUGGUACACCACUGACAGCGUUAACUAAGGAGCACGUAGAUAUUGGUGUUGUUACAAGUGUAGAAAUGAAUCAUAAACAGAUUGAAUGCGGCGAGAAAGGUCAGGAAGUUUGCAUAAAGAUCGAAAAUAUUGGUGGUGAUGCACCUAAAUUAUACGGGCGCCAUUUCGAUGCUACUAAUCUACUUGUCAGCAAGAUUAGUCGAGAUUCAAUCGAUGUCUUGAAGAAUUAUUUUAGAGAUGAGAUGCAAAAAGGCGAUUGGCUUUUGGUUAAAGAAUUAAAGAAACACUUUAAUAUAAUAUAA